CAUGCCUCUCGUGUCCCGCGUGGACAUUAAACACCGCUUUAAGCUCUCACUUGUCGGUUGUCAUUACUAACUGUUCAGUGCCUCCAUUUUCGGUUUAAUUUUUUUUUUUUUUUCUUGAUAAGAAUUUCUUUACUUUGUUCAAAAAUGGAAAGUGCGGUGAAAGAGAAAGAGCCUCUAAUUAGCAAUGCAAAUCCAAAGGGUGGCUUCAGAACCUUACCCUUCAUCAUAGCUACCCAGGCAUUUGAGAAAAUGGCAACUUUUGGAAUAUUGCCAAACAUGAUUCUGUAUUUAACAAGACAUUAUGGGAUGGAAGCUGCAACAGCUACUAAUGUGAUCCUCCGCUGGUCAGCAGCUACUAAUUUUACACCAAUUAUCGGUGCUUUUCUUGCCGAUUCCUAUUUUGGUCGCUACGCUACCAUCGCCUUUGGAUCUGUUCUCGGUUUACUUGGAAUGCUACUUUUUUGGCUAACAGCUAUGAUUCCAAACCUAAGUCCUUGUGAUCAAUUCACUAUGAGCUGCAACUCUCCGACAACAUCACAACUUGCUUUCUUAUACUCUUCUCUAUGCCUAAUCGCCAUUGGAGCUGGUGGUGUAAGAGCUUCUUCCUUACCCUUUGGCAUUGACCAACUAGACAAGGAAAAAGAUGCAGGAAUCAUAGAGGGCUACUUUAAUUGGACCUAUGCUUUAGCAACAGCUGCAGUUUUAAUUGGAACGACCAUUUUGGCAUAUAUUCAAGAAAAUUUUGGUUGGAUUGUUGGAUUUGGUUUACCUGUUGUGUUCAUGUUCAUAUCUAUGGUAUCUUUCUUUCUAGCUUCUUCACUCUAUGUCAAGGUGGAACCAAAAGGCAACGUGAUUAGUGAGUGUGCUCGAGUGGUUGUCGCGUCUUAUCGAAACAGAAACCUCGAGUUACCAUCAUCAAAUGUCUUGAAUGAUGGCAUGUACUAUUGUGACAAGGAUUCGGAAAUGCUUAUGCCAAGUGAUAAAUUCAGGUUUCUAAAUAAAGCAUGCCUUAUAAAACAUCAAGAACAAGAUCUUACACAAGAUAGAAGAUUAAAAAACCAAUGGAGCCUUAGCACAAUAGAUCAAGUAGAAGCAUUCAAAGCAAUUAUCAAAAUCAUUCCAAUUUGGACAACAGGAAUGAUAAUGUCUAUAAAUUUGAGUCAAGGAACAUUUAAUAUACUAGAAGCAUCCACCAUGAACCGCCACAUAACUUCGAACUUUGAAAUCCCCGCGGCUUCAAUGUCAACAUUCAUGGUCCUCUCUGUAGUAAUUUGGAUUGUCCUCUAUGAUUGUGUCAUAAUCCCUUCAACAUCAAAACUAAGGCGUUCGCCGACUCGUCUCCGAGUAAAACAAAAAAUGGGAAUUGGACUACUAGCAAUAUGUUUAUCAACAGCUUCGUUAGCAAUUGCAGAAGGUAAAAGAAGAAAAUUAGCAAUUGAUGAAGGCUUUCAAGAAUUUCCAGAAGGUGUUGUGAACAUGUCAGUUAUGUGGCUAUUGCCUAGACAAAUUCUUGAUGGUUUUGCUGAAGCUUUUAAUGGCAUUGGACAAAAUGAGUUUUAUAUAUGUGAAUUGCCUCAAUCUAUGGCCAGUAUUGCAUCAAGUUUUUCAGCAUUAGGUAUGUCAUGUGGGAAUAUUUUGGCUAGUUUUAUUUUGAGUGUUGUUGAUAAUGUUACUAAGGGUGAGGGAAAGGAAAGUUGGGUUUCUAGUAACAUAAAUAAGGGACAUUUAGAUUACUAUUAUUGGCUUCUUUUUGUAUUGAUGUUGGCCAACUUUUUUGGUUUUGUUUAUUUUAGUAAGGUUUAUGGUCCUUGUAAGAGAGAAGAAAAUGAAGGUCAAGAAGAAGGAAAUUAGGGUGGAAGGAUAAAAGUCUGUUUUGGUUGAAGAUUCUUUUUGUUU